AUGGAUUAUAAAGAAUGCAACUCAAACUAAUAUGAAAGAAAGAACAGAUUCCAUAAUAAAAUCAAAAAUGAAGCUCUCCAGUUGCUGAGUCAACUGAAAUGUGACUUACCUAUUCGAUAUGCGAUUUAAAUGACAAAGGAAGCAGGGAGGAGGGGGAUUUCAGGGGAAUCGUUGGGAAGAGUGUUUAAGGGAAAUUCAAAUAAGUAUUGCAAAAAUUGGGCAGAGUGUAGAAUAAUAAAUAAAGUGCAAAGAAGAAACAAUCAAAAGAAAAGCCAAUAGGCUCAAUAGAUUUGA